GUUGAGAAUAACUUCACAGACACAGCUUAAAACGAAAGCAAACUCAUGAGCGACGCAUUUUCAGGCAAUUUGAGAAAUCGGCGACAUGAAUCUCUCUAAGGUUAUGAAGAUCACAUGACUUUCUUUAAUCGAUGGUGUUUUUGUGGUGCAUCGGUCUAAUGGACAUAACUCUAAAAAAUGACUAUGACUUCAUUGUCUGAAAGUUUGGUGGCUGCAGAUCCCUCGAAAUCGGCAUUUCUGGAGUUCAGUCACGGCUACCAGUCUCACCAACAGCAUUCGCCCGGUGUGUCACAUGCGCAUUAUCCGGUGCACGGUUUACACCAAGGCGCACAUCCGCAGUACGAUACGGCCUUCUCCUCUGGAGCCGCUUCAUACGGGCGUCCGCUGAGUUACCACUACCCAAGCGCUCAUCACCACCCGGGAGCUUACUUACCCUAUCAACACAACAAUCACAACAGCGCAGUCGGCCAUUCACGAGUCGAAGACGCAGAUUCAGAGAAGCAAAACUCAAUUGAAAGUGGAGAAAUACGGCUGAAUGGAAAGGGGAAGAAGAUUCGCAAACCCCGAACCAUCUACUCGAGUCUCCAGCUGCAGGCGCUCAACCAGCGCUUCCAGCAGACCCAAUACCUCGCGCUCCCGGAACGCGCUGACCUGGCAGCCAAACUGGGUCUGACACAAACCCAGGUUAAGAUAUGGUUUCAGAACAAACGUUCCAAGUACAAAAAAAUAAUGAAACAUGGCCCGAGUGGAGGAGAAGGAGAACACCUUCAAGCGGCUUCAGUCUCCGGCCCGCCAUGUUCACCUGGAAUGCCACCCCUGUGGGACGUUUCCAUGUCAAGCAAGAGUGCCCCCAUCCACUCUGGAGGAUAUAUGAACUCUUUUGGACACUGGUACCCUGGUCAUCAUCAAGACCCAAUGCCUAGAACUCAGAUGAUGUGACUGGAUUUGUAGGACAUCUGCAGUGUAUCUACCCCCUUACUGAUUCUGAUCAGUACACUGUGUUUCAGAUCACGCCAGCCCUGUUUUCUCACAGUCAAAUUUCUCUCAAGUUUCAUGAAGAUUUGUGUUGCUGAAAUGAUUUGUUGCUUGCAGGUUUGUGUGGGAAAUUGCUUAAAAAAGACUGGCACGACAGCCUGACCUCUCUCUAAACUAUACUUGGAUUUUGUAAGCUCUUUUGUAAGUUUGAAUAAAAUGCCAUUGUCUAGGUCUCUUGUACCGUCUUGUACCAAAUAUUACAAAGCCUGCAACUUCAACUGUCGUAUAGGAAAACUGCUGCCAUUGAAUACGGUUUC